AUGUCAAACGAUAUUAGCAACCAAAUAACACAAACAGUAACGAAAUGUAAAUAUUUUUCAUUGGCGUUGGAUGAAACUUGUGGUUUGAAGAGUAUGUCACAGCUAGCCAUCUUCGUGAGGUGUGUUGAUGAAAAUUUUAAUGUAUUUCAAGAUUUAUUAGAGCUCAGCCAGUUGGAAACUACCAGUACCGGAAAAGACAUAUUUAUAAAAAUCAAGGAAUGUGUCGACAGAGAAGGUAUAGUGUGGGAAAAAAUUAAUUCUGUUUGUACUGAUGGAGCACCCGCUAUGACGGGAAAAAUAAAUGGUUGUGUGGCCUUGUUAAAACAGUUCUUAGGCCGAGAAUUAUUUUCAUAUCAUUGUAUCAUCCAUCAGGAAGCUUUAUGUGCCAAAGAUAUGAAGUUUAAUGAUGUUAUUGAUCCUGUAGUACGCUGUAUUAAUUAUAUCCGAGCCAAAGCCCUUCAUCGAAGACAAUUCAGAGUUUUAUUUGAAGAAGAAAUCAAUGAAUUCGAUAUAAGAGGAAAACUAGAAAAUACUUCGCCUGACAUCUCGAAAUAUCAAACACAAAUUCAAUUAUUGUUGCAGUCUUUUGAGAACAGAUUUCAGGAUUUUGAGAAGGACAAAAAUAAUAUUUUGUUUUUCAUGAACCCUUUUUCAAUCACUUUUAAUGAAAUACAAAAAUAUUCAUGCAAUAUCCAGUUGGAAAUCACAGAAAUUCAAAAUCACGUUUCCUUGAAGCAGAUAUUUACCGAAAUUGUAUCAUUACAACCACAACUGCAGUCUUCAGAAAAUUUAUUAAAAUUUUGGAAAUUAGUACCAAAAGAAGACUAUCCUACAUUGUGUGAUCUUGCCUUGAAGAUUUCAAGCAGAUUUGGAUCAGAUUUGUGA